AUGGUCCGCAGGAACAAGGCUGGGGGUGAGGGGUCAGGGAAAGUGUUACACGAUGUGGAGGUCAGCGCCCCCCCGCUCCCACAUGACUCCAUUGUGGUGGGCCAUAUGUGUCAAAAGAGAGGGCACUGGCAGGUCUCAACCCUGUGGGCUGGGCCCAGUCCCCCACUCACCUGCUGCGGACUCCUGAACUGCGUAGACUUGGCCAACCCUGGUUUCUCCAUCCUCAGGGUGGGGCGGGUCCCUUCCUUCCAGCUAGCCAGCCUCUGUCUCAGGGGCAUAUCAGCCAGAGGAACCGAGGUUGAUGGUAACAGUCCCCAGGCAGGGGCACAGACCAAACUGGGGGACAGCACAGUUAUAAAGUAUUUAUUUAUUUAUUCUCCCUGGGUUGGUCUUGGGGUGAGCCGACCCCUCCUCUCUGCCCUGAGCACUCCAGAGGCCCCAGACUGGCCCCAGCUUCUCUGGUUCCUCCCACCCUGA